AUUUCAGAUUUUUUUUUUCUUCAGUUUUAAGUUUUUAUUUAAAUAUAAUAUAUAUUAUGCACAACACCACUCUAAUGCCCAAGACUUAAUCAGCGUUCCCCUACUAUACAAAACAAGUUCACCGCCCCCUCAAAAUCUCUUCGUUGCCCAAUGGGUAAUAUUUCCAACAUUGAGAACCACUGGUAUAAUUAAAUGUAAAUACAUAACAAACCAAUAAUUAACUUAUUUGAAACAUUUAGAUUUCAUAGUGAUAUAUAAAAAGUUUAGUUGUAUUAUUUUUUUGAAUGCCUUCCUACAUAUUUAUAGGAAUAGAGAUAACUAUUACAAAAAUAAUAUUCAUUUCGACUUAAGCCUUAAACUAGAUAGUUGAUACUAAAUAAUAUAUAAAAUGACAGUUCAAUUAAAAAUUGGAAAUAGAAAUAUUUCAAUCAACGUAAUAUGGUUACGGGAUAAUUGCAGGUGUACAGAAUGUUAUGAUCAUCAAAAUAAAAAUAAAAAAACAACAAUUCAACAAUUUUUAGAAAAAAUGAAUGUUAAAAUUCAAGAUUAUAUACAAGACGAUAAUAAUAUAAACAUCAAAUGGUCUGAUGGUCAUAAAUCUACUUAUUGUACUGAAUGGGUCAUCGAUAUGUGGACUGGAAAAAAAAUACAGAUUAAACCAUAUAGUUGUACUGGUGAAGAACUUGAAAAAUUACCAGCAAAAAUUUCUUAUAAUGAUCUAACUGAAAAGGAAGGUCAAAAAAAAUUAAUAAAAUCAAUUAUAAAAUAUGGAAUUGGAAUUAUAAAAGAUGUAGAACCAACUUUGGAAGCAACAGAAAAACUAGUUAGAUUUAUAGCACAACCACAACAAACUAUAUAUGGUACAAUGUGGACAGUAGGAUCUAAUGAAAUUCAUCAGGAUCCAGCAUAUUCAAAUUGUCCAUUGAUUGUACAUAAUGAUACUACAUAUUUCAGUGAAAGUACAGGUUUACAAGUAUUUCAUAUGCUAAAAAGGGACAUUAAUGGCAAAGGAGGUUUAAGUACUACAGUUGAUGGGUUUAAAGUAGCAGAAAUAUUAAGACAAGAAAAUCCAUUGCAUUUCAAAAAUUUAACUGAAAUUGAAAUAGAAACGGAAUAUAUGGAGCCAGGUCAAUAUUUAAAAUGGACUGGACCUGUUAUAAAAAUCAAUCAUAAUACUAAUGAAAUUACCCAAAUAAGAUUCAAUAUAUAUGAUCGCAGUCCGCAACCAUCAGAUAGGAUGAAUGAGUUUUAUGAAAGUUAUGCUCACUUUGUUGAAAUAUUAAAAAGGAAAGAAUUAUAUUGGAACCAUAGUUUGCAACCAGGAACAGUUGUGAUUUAUAACAACUGGAGGAUUUUACACGGUAGAACAUCUUUUACAGGAGAACGAAUUUUUGGGGGUUGUUAUAUAUCAAUGUCAGAAUUUUUAAGUAAAGCUAGAGUACUACAACUUAUAUCAUAAAUGUCAACAUUGUAUUUAGAAGACAUAGAGUAGAAAAUAUUUUAGAGAAUAAAUGUGGUAAAAACGUUUCGAUAA